ACUUCUUGCGGCUUCGCUUGACUCUUGUGUUUAACCCGUUUUCCUCCCAUCCAGGUUCAGAAUGACGACUCGGUGCGAGUGCUGCCAGCGCCGGGCGCGCGCCCCCGCGCCCCCUCGUCAUCCGGCCCCCGAGUCCCCCCGAGGAGCGCGCAAGAGAUUCAGAUCCACCAAAGGGGCGUCUAAAGCGCGGCGGGACCACAUCAACAGUGAGAUCAGGAGCAUGCGCACGCUGCUGCCCAUUCCCGAGGAGGAUCAGGAACGCCUCUCUUACCUGCACUCCAUGGCCGCCAUUUGCACCUACAUCAGGAAGCUGGUUUUCUUCCAGGGAUUCCCGGCGGGGCAGGGGUCUGACUGCCCCGUGCCGUACGAGGCCUUCCUGCAUGCCCUGCACGGCUUUAUUCUGGUCACCACCACCCGGGGGAGGCUGGUCUAUGUGUCGGAGAACGUUGCCGAUUACCUGGGCUACUCUCUGGUGGACGUGCUUCAAGGAGACACCUUCUACGAUAUGGUGGGCCGCCCUGACGUUGACAUGGUGAAGUCCCGCCUGGAGGGGGACAACGGUUCUUCGGCAGAGAGUAGCUUUGUGUGUUGUAUGCAAACCUCCAAGGCCUUCAGGCUCCAACAUGGCAGAUACUGCUCCGUGCUGGUCCAAGGGAGCUUUCAGCCUCUCCUCCAGUCCUCCGCGGCCUGUCCUGUGGAGGAGCGCCUGUUCGUGGCCCUCUGCUCCCCUACAGUGGACCGCCUGUGGAGCGCCGAGCUAGCCCACCUUCCCACGAGCUUCGGCAGUGGCCACCGGCCAGACAUGACCUUCACUCGGGUGUCGGACAGUGUUUUACAUGUUUUAGGCUACUCGGCGGAAGAAAUGGUCCACCAGUCUUGGUACGGUCUCCUCCACCCUGAAGAUCUCCUUUUGAGCGCAGCCCCCCAUAAAAGUUUAAUCCAGGCGGACGGGGGCUCCCAGGUAGAGAUGGUGUCGAGACUCCAGUGUAAGGACUCGUCGUGGGCCUGGGUCUACAUGCGAGCUACCAAGGACUCUGACUGCCAGGGGAUCAGCAGCAUUAACUGCGUCCUUACCGAGACCGAGGCCAGGUUUCUCAUGGAGAAAAUCAAAAGCAACGCCUUCCCACCGGCACCCCAGGCACAUCCCUGCCACUCCUCAUCCCCGCAGAUGCCCCAGAUUCAGGGCCUCCACUUCUCCGGAUGUUUUAAAAGGCAAAGGCGGCCCGGCAGCCAAAGUGAGGAGCCCUGCGCUAAGACGAGGAGGGAGUCGGAUCGAGACGUAUACGACGUGGCGUGUGCCUCCUGCCGAGUCGAUGGCUCACCUGUAACGAUGGGAGACAGCCCCGCUCCCUUCACCCCUCCCUACAGCCCCGCCUCCUCCGGCUCCCCCCCGCAGAUGGAGGAGGGCGGCGCUGACUGCCUGAUGGAUUUGCCCGGCUACACAGAUGGACGGCUGCUGUCCUCCCCAGAGGGCUCUCCCUCCUAUUACCCUUACGCUGAGGUCGGACCUGUCAGUCACCUAUCACCGUCCCUGCCCCUCCGGGCGGCCAGCGAAGAGGGCUUUGACCUCGGAGCCAUCGGCGCGGUCAGCGCCCCCUCUCCAGAUCUGCCCUCCUUCUCUCCGACCUGUGAUUUCCAAGCCCGAGUGGUUCCCGACCGCCUGUCUGCAUCGGAUGUGUGCGAGAGCCCAGCCGACGGCGCCCCGGGCCCGGAGAGUUUCGGCCAUCUUGAGCCGUUACAAGCCGGCAGCCUCUUCGAAGCGCAUCAGGUCGCCCGCGGCAUGUUCUCACCGCGACCCGGCCUCCUUACCCCUCACCCCUCACCCACGUCACAGGACUCGUUCCAAUACGACGACAGGGAGCAGGUUGAGAUCAGCAUUUUGGCUCAGCAGAUCUCCUCCUUGGCCAGCAGCUUCGACAGGUACCGUGCCCGGGACCCCGUCCAAAACGGGGCCCGCACGUCCCCGGAGAGCCUGCCCUUCCUGUGCCGCUGGCCCCAGCGGCCUCCUCUCGCCGCCAAGCCCGAGCUGGAUGCAGACGACGGGAUGUUCGACAGCCUCCUGAGGGACGUCAACACAGUUACGGGGAAAUGCAGCGUGUUUGGCCCCGGCGUCAUACCGGACGGCUACCAGCAGGGCGCGCCGGUCUACGGGAGGACCCCCCACCACCGGCCGGGCCAGGAGCUCUCGGGCCCGUCUCUGUCCGACCUGCUGUGUCCGGACGACAGUGCCGCGGAGCCGGUUUCUUGGCGCCCGGGAAGCCACGAGCGAGACGCCGGGUUGCAUCAACUCGGCCACCAUUUGCAUAUCAGCCUCCAGCAAGAUGGCCUUGCUGAAGAAACCGUGUACUGAACCAAGUCUGUGACUUGCUAUCCUGCAACUGGUAUGGCAUAUUGCCGCGGCGGCACGUCUCCGCCGGAAUCAAAGAAGAGCUCGAACAAAGGCGUUUAAAAGGCGUCUUUGCUUAAAGGGAUGGAGACGGCGUUCCCGAAUGACUUAUCUUUGAAUGUAAAAAAAGGAAAAGAAAAGAAAAGAAAGAAUCUAAAGUAGAUUCUGAACUAUCCCCACAGGACCAAAUAUGAAGUCCUCAGUAGGGUCUCCAUGUCCCUUCACUGCUUUAAUCCGUCUCUUUUUGUGUUUUAUAUCGUCGGUCGUCCCGUUUCGAGAGUGCUUACCGACAGAAACGUCCUGUUCUCCCGCCAACGCCAAUGAACUCCGGUUUAUUACAAAGCACUUUAACGCGUCCCUUUCCCCUGAGGAGGCUACCGGCGCAAACACAACAGCUGAUCCGGGGCGACACCGCCUGUGGAGGAUUUCCGGUGACUCGACGCACCUCUACUAUGUGAAUGCUGUGGACCACUAAUAAUUAGGGGGGUAAUUGACCACUAUCGCUUUAAGCUGCCUUAAAAGACUCCGGGAUGGACGGGGGAGUACCGGUUUGGAAAUGCUUUUCAAAUGUGCCUUUCAUAUGCUCAUACUAUGAAGAAG